GAUUUCGUCUACUAUGAGGAACCGGAUUUUGAAUACUACACCAUAGGCCUAAUUGAGGAGAUAAAGUCUUCACGUCGUGACAAGUUUGCUGUGCUAGUCAAAUGCUUUUAUCGGACACACGAUAUUCCGGAAACUUCCAAACAAUCGGUUUUGGAACGGGAGCACUAUCACACACCUUCAAAUUCCAAACUGAUGAAUGAUGUUCUUUCGCGUGAGUUGUUUGCCUCCGAGGUUCAGGAAACAUUGACAUCAAAACAGUUGCGUGGUCGCUGCCAAGUUAGCCAUCUAGCUGAUUUACGUACCGCGAUGGAUACAUUUCGUCCUACUGAGGAGGAUAACUUCUUUUAUGUCUUUGCGUACAACCCGGAAACACGACGUCUGAUGAAUACACGAGCAGAGAUUCGGGUGGGGAAUGCUUACCAAGCAUCCAUCCCUCCGUUUCGUCACUAUCCCCCCGCCACUUAUCACUCAAGACCACAUAGGCGUUCCGAUUGUUCUAAGCAUCAUCGAUCCGCGGAACGUAUUGCAGCACAGAGUAUGGAUCACUCGGCAGUGUCAUCCAGUGAAACAGCUCGCACUGAGACAUUAGUACACUACUCUUCCAACGGACCGGUAGAAACAGCAUCAGAUCGACUUAAUGUUUUUGAAGAUCUGCCUGCCGCACGGUCGCAAAAGUUGAAAGAAGAUAGUACUGCCACCGAACCCCACUCGUCAAACGUAUCUGUCAAACCAACCAAACCAGAUGAGGAGUUUCCCGACUCAGUCGCUGGUGAGGAACCCAAAUCUCCACCCAAACUGAAGUCAUUUCUUUCUGACUCGCCCAAACCUUCCGCGACUCCGCCCCCAACCUCAUCAACUUCAACUUUUCAUUCCGGAGACUGUAUGCCUGUAUCCCAUCGACAUCAACAUCACAAGCGUCACCAUAUCUUCCAUCGUCGAGGUGAUUCUUCUCAUCUACGCGAUCCUCUACGACGACACAUUGCACAAGGUCGCUCUAUUGAACGUGGUUCUGUUAUGCGUCGUUCCGGCCACCGACGUCGAAGACGCCGUUGGGAAACUAUGGUGUGGAGACCACAAGGACUCAGUAAAGCCUUAUCUGGUUGCUCACCAGAUCCGAUGGUUAAUCGUGUUGCUCAAGGUGAUAAUGAAUUGGCUGAUGAACCGUUAAAGACAUAUCUAGAUGCGGUCCGGUCAAUGGUUGCAUUUUUCGGCUUCGGCGGUGCAGAUGAUGACCUCUCGUCGGCCGAGAACGGAUUGGUUUUGGCUAAUCUCGCUCAGACAACCCAACACGCAUAUGACACUCUGCACAAAUCAGACUACUCUCUGACACAGGCCUUGCAAGCUAUUUCAUGUAAUCCGAUUGUGUCAAAGGUGAGUUGGUCCUUGUUCUUUUAUUAUCUUCUUCAUUGUGACUUGUGCUUGGCGCAAUACUAUUUGAUAACGAAAAUCGUCAGUAGGGUUAUUGCAGAUUGUUCCUUUGUUUUGCUAGUAUUUUAA